GAGCAUAGACUGUAUCGAUAAGCAGGCCAAUAAUGGUAAAGUUUACAUUUAAAUUCCCAUUAAGUGGGUUGUUGAAGCUUAAUAUUGGAAAAUUCAACUAUCAGUUAGAACAAGAUAUUCGUACUAAAUUAGAUUCAUUACCAUCUGUUACUAAAAUUUAUACCAAUCCUGAUGGAACUCCAAGAGUACCUAGUGAUCAAGAAUUUAAAGUAAUUGCUGAAUUACAAAAUUUAUAUUAUAAAAGAAAUCAUUCUGAAUGGAAUUUUAUAUUAUCCAGAAUUCCAAGAGAUCAAUUAGAUUUAUAUAAGGAUAAUACUCAAGAUUUAACUAAUUUUCAAUUUGUAACAAAGGAUGCUGGGAAAAUUAUUGAUAAAAUUCCUUAUAAAGAUGAAAGUACUGGAGAAUUAAAAUGGAAAAUUGUCCGUGAAACAGAAAAGGCUGAAGGUUGGGAAUUUCCUUACUUUUAUUUGGUAUUACCAAUAUUUGCAUAUGUAGCUUAUUCUAAAUAUACUGCUCAAAUGAAGAGAAGAGAACUUGAAGGUCCAGAAUGGGCUGAAAAGGAAUUAAGAUUAAGAGCUAUGGAAGAAUAUUUCCAUGGCGAUACUGAAAAGGCCAAAGAAUUCUUAAGUAAUCAAGGUAAAUCAAAGAGAGAAAUCAGAGACAGAGAUGAUUUGGUUGUUGCUAGAAUUUUGGCCGGUGAUUAUGAUAGAUUAUCUCAAUUAAAGAAGAAACAACCAGCCAAUUUGAUUCCAAAGGAAGAAAAGAAUCAAUACGUUAAGAUUUAGACCCCACUUCAUCAUUUAGUAUUAUUAAUGUCAUCUCUAUAUUCAUAAAUUAGUCAUUUUUUCAUAUACAUUCAU